CCUCUUCCCCUGCCCAGUCUGGCAUCUGCACAGUCCACACACGGCUUUCCUGGCAGCCAACACGGGGCUCCAGACCACAGAGAAAAUCAUGGAGAUGUCAGGACCUUCCUCCCAGACUCCAGAUCAUAGUCGAGUCCAUGGAGAAACAGAAGAUCUAGACUAUGAAGAGAUGGAUUUCCACAAGCCAGACAGGGAAGCUGGACUAUUUUCUCACGAACAACCCAAGAGAGACAAGUCUUCUACCUCCUCUUCCUCCUCCUCGUCCUCUUCCUCUUCCUCCUCGUCAUCCUCCUCUUCCUCAGGUGCUGAGCAUGAGGAGCCUGACCUUUUGAAGGAUGAGCUUCAGCUCUAUGAAGUAGGUGCCCCUGGAGAGGUGGUGCCCUCUGGAGAAUCGGGACUCCGAAGACGAGGCUCUGACCCAGCAAGUGGAGAAGUGGAGGCCUCUGAGUUAAGAAGACUGAAUAUAAAGAAAGAUGAUGAGUUUUUCCAUUUUGUCCUGCUCUGCUUUGCCAUUGGGACCUUGCUGGUGUGUUAUCACUAUUAUGCAGACUGGUUCAUGUCCCUUGGGGUCGGCCUACUUACCUUCGCCUCCCUGGAGACUGUCGGUAUCUAUUUUGGGCUGGUUUACCGGAUCCACAGUGUUCUGCACGGCUUCAUCCCGCUCUUUCAGAAGCUUAGGCUGAUGGGAUUCAGGAAGACCGACUGAGGCCAGUGCUGGGCCAGCAGUCACGCUGGGCCCCAGUAUGACCAUACUGCAUCUCCUGAGUGCACAAGGGCAGAGCGCCGUCCUGGGAGACACACGGGCGGGCCAGUCUAGAGCAAUAAAGAGAGCGCUUUUCCUUC